AACCUCCUCUGCUCUUCCCACCCUUCGGCCUUUCUUGUUGUGAUAAAUCUUCUCACUUCGCCAUCCAACUCGCGUACACCUUCCUCUACUCUCCACCUAACUCACUCUCCUCCCCCCUCUUAACAUAUAAAGUAAAUAUGCCGACUACUCGUCCUUCUGUCGCUGGGCCUGGUGCUAUCGGCGAUCGUGAAGGUGCUCGACGUAACAGCUGGGAGCCGUGGACUACAGAUGUUGACAGCGCUCGCUCUGGCCAAGAUUCGGGCCCGCAAACCAUGUCCAUCAAGGCAGCCGCCAGGCGUGCCUCCGAGUUCUCAGCGGGUGGCCGCACCCUCGGUGCUAAUGGCAGAGCUGCAGGCUCUCCUCUUGCCAGACACCGCCUUUCAGCCGUCGCCAACUUGAGUGUACCUGAAAUCGGUGGUACUGGUACGAACUUCUCUGCCUUACGGCGCGCGUCCCAACCAGCCUAUGUGCCCUUCUCCCAAGGAACCGACAACCUGUCCAAUGGCAUGAACUCCCUCUCCAUUGGGAACGACAACCCACCCUCGACUCGCGCGUCCUUCACCGCCGGUGCUCCAAACUCAGCCCUUCGCAACACCGCUGCUUCUGCUCAUCGUCCAAGCCUGCCAGGAUUGUACAAUAACUCAGUCCCCAGCCAGCCAGAUGGAGGUUGGAACCCUUACUACUUCGGCUCACACGCAGGCGCCGCAAACCAACUUGGCUCCAACAACUCCAGCCACGACUCCCCCACCUCCUUGGAGUUGUCUGCCGCUGUUGCUUACGGACAAGGCUACGAUUACCGUCGUGACUCUGGUUAUGGACCCUCCCCGCCUAUCGUCACCAGCUCUGACUCCCGACGCGACUCCUACGCUUCCCAAAUGGCAGCCGCUACCGAUUUGAACAACAUCAGACGAACUCAAUCGGCUUGGCACAUUCACGAUGCGUUUGCCGCUGCCCCUCAAAUCAGACACUCCUCCUUCUCCUUCAUGCCAAACCAGGCUUCAGGCCUUGGUGGAGCCGGGCUUUCUCAUGGAAUGCACGCUGGCGCUUACGGAAUGGGCGCUAACGGUGCUGGAGGGUACGCCGGGCAGUUUGCUGGGGCCUACAACCCUUCCUUGAUGUCCAUGGAUUCGAUCAUGAACAGCAGUCACAUGCUCACUCAACAACAUCUCUUAGCUGAGGCAAGACGCCAAUCGAUGAACCUUCAAAACCUUGAAUUGAACGGCUACGGCAACCACCAAUACGCCAACGGCGGUGCCUACAACAUGCAUCCUGCCGUCAUGGCCGGCAACAUGGGUCCACGAGGUGGACCAGCCCCCGUUAGCAACAUGCCAGGCGGAAAACCUGCUCCGCCAACCCGCAACCACAGCACCGUCUCGCACAAGUCCAGCUUCGAUUCAGGCCGUGUUUCCAGGAGUGCAGUGUUGGAAGAGUUCAGAUCGAACAAGCACCGUCGCUGGGAGCUGAAGGAUAUGACCGGCUUGAUUGUCGAAUUCGCUGGUGACCAACUUGGAUCCCGACACAUUCAGUCCAAAUUAGACACUGCCACCCCAGAAGAGAAGACUAUCGUUUUUGAGGAGAUUUACCCGCAUGUGUUGCAAUUGUCGAUGGACGUGUUUGCCAACUACGUUGUGCAGAAGUUCUUCGAACAAGGCAGCGAGGCCCAGAAGGCCAAGUUGGCUGAGUCGUUGAGAGGACAUGUCUUGCAACUCUCAUUGCAGAUGUAUGGAUGCCGAGUCAUUCAAAAAGCUUUAGAAUUCAUCCAAGUUCCUCAGCAACACUUACUCAUCAAAGAGUUAGAGGGUGAAGUCAUCCAAUGCGCUAAGGACCAAAACGCCAACCACGUCCUCCAAAGGUCUUUGGAGCGCAUCGACUGCAACGUCAAUCUAUUCAUCAGUAAAGCCUUCACCGGACAAGCGUUUGCCUUGGCCACUCACCCUUAUGGUUGUCGAGUCUUGCAGAAAGUCUUUGAGCACAUGCCUGACGAACAGACCAAGCCCCUCCUUGAGGAACUUCACCGAUUCUCUAACAACCUCAUGACUGACCAAUACGGUAACUACGUUGCUCAGUGGAUCAUCACCGAUGGCAAGAAAGAAGACGCCGCUGCCAUGCUUGCUAAAGUUCAAGGUCAAGUCUUGCUCUUGUCUAAGCACAAGUUCGCUAGCAAUGUGGUUGAGAAAGCCAUCUUGAAAUCCACUGAUGACGAGAAGAAAGAGAUGAUCGACGAAAUCCUGGCUCCUCGCACCGAUGGUACCUCGACCGUCGGGAUCAUGUUGAAGGACGCGUUUGCCAACUUCCCGUUGCAAAAGUUCUUGCAAGCUGCCAAGGAGCCCCAGCGAACCCAAUUGUUUGCCGAAGUCGGCGAGCAAUUGGCCGACAUGAAGAAGUACAGCCUCUCUUACGGAAAAUACUUAGUUGCCAUUGAAAAGUUGGUCAACAACGAGAAGGCCAACGUCCAAUUUAACACGAACAUCUCUUUGAGCAACAGCCUCUCCAACAACAUCGCCGCCAACAUUCCAGCUGCCGGGCCGAUCACCCCCUCGGUGACCCAGAUCGCUGUCUAG